AUGUUAGGUAGAAUAGGAAAGGAUCUUUGUAAUCGCAUCUCUGAUUGGCUGCCCUUAGCAAGAUGUUCCCCCUUUCUCACGUUCAUCUUUUCUUUUUUUUUCUAUCUCCCCCUCUUCCUUUCUCCUUUUUUCUUUCUCUUUUUUGUUCUUUACCUUUUCUCAUCUUUCUCGAUAAGCACUUUUUCUCCGCCAUUUUUUAAUUUCUUUCUUUUCCUUUUUCUCAUCUUUCGCUCACUGCUCUUUUUCUCCUCGCUCUUAUAUCUUUCUCUUCCCUUUUCUUUCUUCUUAUGCUCUCUUUCCCCUCUUUCUCUUUCUCUUUCACUUUCCCUUUCUUCAUCUUUCUCGAUAUGCAUUUUUUCUCCGCCAUUUUUUAUCUCCCUCCUUUUUUUCCUUUUUCUCAUCUUUCGCUCUCUGUUCUUUCCCUCCUCAUCUUCUCUUUUCUCCUCCCUUUUCUUUCGUCUUAUUCUCUCUCCCCUCUCUUUCUUUUUCUUUCUCUCUCCCUUUAUUCAUCUUUAUCUAUAUAUUCUCUUUCUCCUUCUCUUCUAUUUUAACUCUCCUCUUUUUCCCCUUUUUCUCAUGUUUCGUUCACCUCUCUCUAUUUCUCCUCUUUUAUCUCUUUUCUCUUUCUCUAUCAUUUUCUUUUCUCUUAUUCUCUCUCCUCUUUUCUACUUCCUUUACCUUUCCUCUCUCUUUCUUUUCUCUCAACUUUCUCUCCUCUAUCUUUCCUUUUCCCUUUCCUUUUCUCACUAUUGUUUCCCUCUCUCUUUAUUUUCCUUCUCUUUUUAUUUCCUUCUCUCUUUGUUUCCUCUUUCUUUCUAA